AUGCAGUCCGGAAUUUCAGCCUCCGAAACCCUACACGCCGCAUUCGCCGACUUCCUCUCAUCGGACGCCUUCGCCUUGCCCGCCACCAUCGACAAAGAAUCCAUACAACCCUUAGAACCCAUACCUUUCUCCGGCGACUUCAACUCCUCCCUCCCCUCGCUCGCGCCCCACCUCGAGCCCAAGACCCCCAUCUACCUACUCAUCCGCAAGACUCCCUCCGCUUCUACGUUUACAGCAAUCACAUACGUGCCCUCUAUCGCUCCCGUCCGCUCCAAAACACUCAUCGCCGCUACUCGCUCGUCCCUUGUGCGUGAGCUGGGUCUCGAGAAGUUCGAGGACACCCUCUUUGUCACCGAUGCCGAGGAGGUUCUUGAGCCCUCACAAUGGGCUGAGCGGGCUGGCGGCAGCAGCGGCAGAGGAGUUGACCCCAAUCUAUUGAGCCAGGAAGAGCGAGAGCUGCAGUCGGUCAAGCGCGCCGAGGAAGAGUCACGGCAUGGAACUGGCGGGACGGCGCUGGGUGGCAUGGGCGGCGGGCCUACAUCAGGGGGCAGCAAACUACAGAUGAAGAUGACGGACGAUGCGAAGAGUGCGCUGCAGAGCUUCUCGUCUGCAGGCGCCGGUAGCGUGAUGCAACUAGGCAUUGACAUUGCUACGGAAACAUUGACGCUCCUGAGCCAGCACGCUGAUGCGGUGCAGCCGGCGGAGUUGGCGCGGUCGAUACCAAGUGACCGUCCCACUUAUUCAUUCUACCGACAUCCGGCGGCGCCGGACACCGCGCUAUUCCUGUACGUUUGUCCGGGGACGAGCAAGGUGAAGGAGCGCAUGGUGUAUGCGUCGAGUCGGAGCGGAGUCCUAGACGCUGCCAAAAGCGGGGGCGUCGAGGUAUCGAAGCGCCUAGAGGCCGGCGAUCCCGAAGAGAUCACAGAGCAGCGGCUCAAUGACGAAGCUGGCGUGUCGGGCGGUGCUGAUGCAGGUGCAGCCAAGAGUGGCUUUGCGAGACCAAAACGACCUGGCCGUAGAUAA